AUGGCUCAAAACUACAGCAAAGACUCUUUCGAUAGAUUUGGAGACGACUUAUGCCAAGAGUUGUUGUCUUAUAUGGCAUUCAAAGACCGCUUUCGUUGUGAAUGUGUGUCAAAACAGUGGCAAAGAGUGGUAUUUGAGGGACAGUUGGCGUUGAAUAUCAAGAGAGAGUUAUUUGACGACAAUUUCAGCCAAAUUGUGUCAAUACUGACGAAGUGUUCAAACAUUAGACGCGUUUACAGCGAAUACGAAGAGCCGGUGUUUAAAAGCUUUGAAUUGAUUUUUUUGGUGAUCAAUCUUUGCCAUCAUUUGAAUGACAUGUCGUUCAUAGUGUCCGAAGACAACGUCCAUUGGAUUAACCACUUUAUGGCAAAGUUUGCGAAACAAAUGCAAUGCAUUUCAUUUGAUUUCGACGACAAAGCGAUGAUUGAUAUGAAACACAAAUGGCUUAAAAUGUGCGUUAAUUUGACUGCAAUUCACAUACCGUUUGACGAGUUGUCGAAAUCACGGCUCGGAUUCAGUCCUCGAAAUGAUUUGCAUUACAAACGACUCAAUAGUCUUCACUUGACAUUCAGUAAAUCCAAUGAUAACUCAAUUGACAUUAAUUUGUGUGCAUUUGAAUUGUUUGCUCGCAAUUACGGCCACAAUAUUAAGACAAUUGGAUUCACAAUUAACUUUCUUAUCGACGAUGAGAUGGUUAACAGACUAACGGAUGGUUUGAAACGAAUGCCGGCAUUGAUUGCAUUGGAUGUAAAAUUCAAUGUAUUUGUGGACUAUUUAUUGCCACUCAUUGGUCUCAAGUGUCCACAACUGAAGGCUUUAACUGUCGAUACCUCGCAUUUAAGGGAAACGUUUAAAGCGAUUAAUCAAUGCUUUAAUCAACAAUUAAAGCGUUUGAAAAUCAAUGUUUGGGAUUAUCAACAGCUGUCCGUCGAUUCACUCAAUUCAUUGAAACGAUUAACGCAUUUGAAACUAUUUCUCGUUGAGACAACGCUUACCGGUUUAUUCUUCGCCAAUUGUCACCACAAAUGGCCACAACUUCGGUAUCUAAGAGCCAAUCGAGUGUUGAUUACAAACCAACUGUUGAACGCGUUGUCGAGACUGAGACACAUCCGACACAUGCAUCUGUCGGGCCGUCCCGUUCCCACUCCACGGCAUGGCAUUCAAAAUGUGGUCAUUAAUUGUCCUAAAAUUGAUUGUCGUCUCCACUCGUCUAAAGGCAAAGAAGUGCCAGAGAUUGAGGAACUGUUUCGUAAACUAAUGUCCGGACAAUCGGAUCCCGAGACGAGCUCAUCGGAUGUGAAGUCUAAAUACUUCAAAUAA